UCUUGACAUAGUUUCACAUUUUGUGAGAGAUUUGAGAAAUGUGAGGGAAAUAUUGAACACAAACCGCACAUUUAAUUAAAAUGAAAUCAUUAUUGGUUUAUGAGAAACAUUUUGCAAUAAAAAAGGCAAUAUGAAAAUCCAAAUAUUUAAAUGACUAUUUUCAUUCAAAUUCUAUAUAAAAAUUUGACGUUUUAACAUAUUUGUGCAUACAGAUGCAGUCGGAUAUAACAGUGGCCCCCAUAAUUCGUCGACUGUCAAAAUGGCGACUGAAGAACGGUCAAAACGGCGAUUUGUAUUUGAUCAAGCUAAGCCCAACUUAGUAAAGGGGUUAAUCAAUAUUAUGCUAAUUAUUUUAAUACGUGCCCACUUUUUGAAAAGAAAAAUAAAACAGCAUGUUAUGUUGAAUCGCUGGAAAUACGAUAUGAUGGUUUUCAGGCGAUGCAUCGCCACAACUGUAUAUAGUCGACCGUGGGAAAAACAUAGAGUGUUUAUGAAUAAAUAUCUUAAAACUUUUCACACAUUUCGUCAUAGCCUUCGGGCCAAUUUAAUUGGCCUGGGAAUUUUUUUGCGUGCUUUGGCCGUGCGCAUUUUACAACUAAAACAUUUAGGUGUUAACAGUUGCAAAAGUAAGUCACAGAAAAAUGAAAGCGAUAUUAAUUCUUAUUCUCGGUGUUGUUCUGGUGGCCUCUCAGCAACAAUGCAGAUAUGUAUGCGAAGAUACAGUGCCAUGUAACAACAACAACCAUAGACACAAAGGGGACAAAGGAGAGACAGGAUUUCCCGGAAAAGCUGGACCUAGGGGUGAAAGGGGACCACAGGGGGUCGGACUUCCACAAACAUUAUCGGAAAAUUUAACAUCAAGACUUACAGAGCUGGAACUUAAAGUCGAAACAUUGCUUCUACCUGUUUCGUGCGCGAUGACAUCACAAGUCGGGUAUCAAAUGAUGAGGUCACGGCAAAUGAAGUAUUGCGACGGGGGGUGGGAGGUUUUUCAGCGCAGAUAUGAUGGCAGUGAAGACUUUCAGCGGAACUGGGAAGAUUACAAAGUUGGGUUCGGAAAUAAUUCUGAAGAAUUCUGGUUAGGUCUCGAGGCAUUGCAUCAAAUGACGCGGCGCAGUGGGUGCAGACUAAGAGUUGAUAUAUGGGACUAUAGCGAAGAUCACGCGUUCGCAGAAUACAGUGAGUUUUCAAUCGGAGACGAAGCCAGUUUGUAUCAUUUAUAUAUCGAUGGCUACAGUGGGACAGCGGGCGACAGCAUGACAUAUCAUAACAACGUGCCAUUCUCUACCAUUGACCGUGAUAAUGAUUCGCAUGCUAGAAGAUGUACAAUUGAUACACAUGGACCAUCUGGAGGGUGGUGGUUUAAGAAUUGCUAUCGUGCUCGAUUGAAUGCAGAGUGGGGUCGCUCCAGUGCAAAUUGGCAUAACAAUGUUUGGUAUGGGUGGAAAGGCAGCUCAACUGCAUUGAAAGCUACUCUUAUGAAGAUAAGAUGCGACUAACGGAAGUUACUACUGGCUUUAACCCAUAGACAUUAUGUAUUAUAUUUGUGGCAGUAAAUGCGCAUAUUAAAAAUGCUUGAAGAAAUAAAAUUGUGUAUAUUAAGGUGGGAAAAGAUGGGACACUUUUUCCUCCUAUUUUCUCGUUCCACUAGGAAAUAAACAAAAAAGAGUAAAAAAACUAAAAACCGUAACCUCGCGACUUCCAUAGACCGUUGUUAAUUGUUCAAAACACGAUUAGGAUAUUUUAAUAUUAGCUGCUAAAGUUGGCCCGUCUCCCCCU